UAACAUUGCAGCGGCUGCACGUGUUAUAAUUUGUUUAUUGUUUUGUUAAAUUAAAAAACGAAAAAAAACAUAAAAAAUAAAAUGUUUUUAGACAGCAAUGAUGCUGAAGAAGAUUUCUUCAAUGAAGAUUUCACGGAAGGCAACAAAACAUGCAAUGAAAGUGUUAAACGUCGUACUGUAGUGGGACCCUGGAAGAAUGUCUCCGAAUUUAAUAAAGUGUAUGAAUGGCUAUUUGGUAAACAGUAUUCCCAGCAGACACGACAAAAAGCCCUAAGCCAAAUACGUGUAUGGAAUCUAAGACGCAGCACUUUAUGCCCAGCCGCCGUUUUAGCCACCAGUGUUAUUAUAGAUGUUCAGCUAAAAGAUUCAAAUGAAAAUAAAUUCAGUGACGAGGAAUUGCAGACACUAUAUUCCAAUGCCUUUACCAGGUUCUUCAAUUUCAUGUCAUCCAUAAUGCAAACACACAAUAUGCGCACCAUGUAUCAAACAGCCAAAGAGCUAGGACUACAAUCAUUUGUAGUGGAUUUAAGACACAUUUGUGCUCAUGGUCAAGUCUUGCCACCACUGCAGGUUCUGCGUAAUACCGCAGAAUAUUGCGUAUCAUGGCUGCAUGACUACUAUUGGGUCUCUCAAGGCAACACUAUGUGUGACAUUGAUGCAGCCCAUAUUAGACGCAAAGAUAAAACUGAGUUUGAUAUGAAUGUCUCAGAAUUGUUUCAAAUCUAUGAUUCUGCCUUGGAGGGUCACAUGAAGGGAGCUACUAAUCUAAAAACUCUUAAGAGACACUUACACGGCAAACGUUUCAAUUCACUUAAGGAAUUUUAUGGCCAAAAUAAACUUAACUCUUUGCAAAGCGCUUUUGAUGUUAUUGUGCAACAACUUUGUGGUUUGGUUAAACGUGAUGUAGCCAUUAAGGAUUUGUCUGAAAUUUAUGUAGAAGCUUUUUUGAAAAUGAGUUAUUUCUUUAAAGUGAACGUAUCUCAUAGUUCCGAUGAAGAUUUUAUAUCUUUAUUAAGUGUCACACAAACACUGUUUCGUAUGUUGGCCGUUUAUGGAUUUGUGGAGGAUUUAUUUUUGUCUUUAAUCGAAAUCACCGAAAAUCCUAUAGCCGAGGCAAGUAAACGUUCGGGUGCCAGUUUUUGGGCUGUUGAAAUGGCUAAAGGUUUUCUGGCGUUUCGUCAAUGCAAGAAAAUGUUUAAAGCUGAAUUGGAUGCGGACGCCACCAUUAAAGAGGCACCUUACACCAAAUCAGAUUUAACGCAAAUAUCAGAGGGCACCAGGGAAUUACUCAUCUACAGUGGUGUCGACAUGAAAAGAACAAUAAUAUUUGGAGAUCAUUUUCGUCGGCCUUGGGUAUGGGUAUUUGAGCGCAACUUUAUAGAAGAUCGUUUAGAAGCCGCCAAUGAAUACACUGCACCCAUACUAAAGAGUUUAUUACCUCUAAUUGAGCCGGAAUUAAAUAAAACUGAAAUCAACACAUUUACCUCACUCAUCGAUUGCCUAUUUGAGGCAAAUAACGAAAUGGAAGUGAAAGAGAAAUCAUCUAAAGAUUCAAAUAAAAUCUAUACAGUUUCUGAUCUAUUAAAGAAAUUAAAUAAAAAUAAUGAACUGGAAAUGGAAGUGGAGGAGCAAAUGAAUGGUGACAAUGAUAAGGUAACUGGAGAGCUGCUGGGGGAUGAUGUUGAAGUUAAAUACGGUAUAUGGACUUUAAUGCCAGAUGAUGAAACACAUGAUUGGAAAACAUGUCCUUUGGGCCGUUUACCUUGGGAGUAAAUAAUUAAAACUUAGCAUGUAAAUAAAGACUGUUUAUAAAUUUUUUUGACAAAAAAAAUAAAGUUUGUUACCAUUUUGUCGACAAUUAAAAAAUAA